CCAGACCAGUGUUCACCUCCUCCGUCUCCUCCUCCUCCUCACCGCCGGGGAGUUGACACCUCGCCUCAGUCCUCCUCUUCAUUGGGGAUCUGUGAGGCUUUCCUGUAACCAUGGGGGACGUGGUUUCCUCUCACCUGGAUGAGAGCAGACGGGAGAUGAUUACAGCUCGGACCAGAGAUGUGAUGAAGGACUUCAGUAAUGUGUACGAGCAGCAGUAUGCGGUCGCGCUCUUUAACAGCGUCCGCUUUGAGAUAGAAGGAGGAGGAGGGACGCAGUCACAGCUGCUUCACAGAAAGGACCCCCUGGCAGGCCAUUCAAUCUUCUCAGGGAGUCUGUUUCAAUACCUGGAGGAGAAUCGGAAGUGGAGGAAUCGCUUUGUGCACGUGCCAAACAGCUACACCAUCAGCCUCUAUGAGAGCAAAGCAGCGCAUGAACGACACCUGCACCCAAAAGUAACCAUCAACUGUGCUGGGUACAAGGCCCUGACCUCCAUGGAGGAGUACAUGGAGCUGAUUAACACCAGCCUGCCAGGUAUCAAGGCCAAAGUGGGCAGUCAUCCAUUCAUCAAGUGUGCGACUCAGUUUCCCCUCAUCCUGUGGCACCCAUACGCCCGCCACCACUACUUCUGUGUGUUGACAGAGAAGGAGCAGAAGAAGUGGCACGCUGUGCUGCAGGACUGCGUCAGACACAGUAACAAUGGUCUGUCAGAGAAGUGCACUGUUCAGACGCCAGCCUUCACAGAUGCCGUGAGACUUCACAGACAAGCCAAGGGACACUAUGGGACCUGGGAGAUGAUGUGCGGAGCGCCCCCACAGAUUCUGGCUAAUCUGGUGAUGGAGACCCUCCAACCAGAGCUGAGAAAUGUGAUUGGCCCUCGCCUGAAAGGGAAGAUGCAACAGAGACAGAGAAAUUGGAUGUUGAUCUCUGAUGCGGUGUACAAGCAGGUGUUGUCCCAGACUACCGGUCAGUAUGAGGCACUGGUGGAAGCCUGUGAGGCACAGAGAGGUCCACUGGACGCCAGACUGAGAACUGACAUGGACCAGAUCAUCACAUCUAAAGAACACGUCAGCGGCAAGAUACGAGCUCUGGUGUUGCCCAAGGCAGAGCAGCUCCUGCGGACCAGCAUCCAGCCCUACAUCAGCUCCAUCCUGGAGGCCCUGAUGGAUCCCGCGAGCCGCGGUUUCUCUGAGGUCAGGGACGUCUUCUUCAGAGAGAUGGUGGAGAUCAGCAAGAACUCACUCAACGGAGGAAGCAAAGAAAGACUGGGAGAGCACAUGGAGAGGCUGUCCAUGCUCGCAUUCCACCCUGUGAAAAUGCAGAGCUGCUACGAGAAGGUGGAGCAGCUCAAUCUGGAGGGGCUGCAGCAGAGGUUCGACGUCUCCAGCCCCUCAGUGUUCGUCAGCAGGGCUCAGAUCCUCAUGAGGGAGCAAAUGGACAAUGCAGUGUACACAUUUGAGCAGCUGCUCCACCAGUCUUUGGAUGCCCAGGGAGAAGACGACAUGUGCAAGGCCAUCCAGCGAUGCCAGGACAGGGUCCUCAAGAAAUAUGAUUAUGACAGCAGCACAGUGCGCAAGAAGUUCUUCAGAGAGGCUCUGCUGCAGAUCAUCAUCCCAUACAUGCUGCAGCAGCUCUCGCCAUCCUGCUCACCUGAGCUGCCUCGCUUUAAAGAGCUAAUCUUCGAGGACUUCUCCCGUUUUCUGUUGGUGGAAAAUAUGUUUGAGGAGGUGGUGCUGCACUCUGUCACCAAGGACAUAAUGAUGGCUGUGAAGGAGGCAGCUGUCCAGAGGCGACACAAUCUCUACAGGGACAGCAUCAUUCUGACCAACAGUGACCCCAACCUGCACCUGCUCGGAGAAACCCCUCCAGUGGACUGGGCCACCAAAUUUGGAGGCAAUGAGCCAGAGGAUUCGUUCGGUGGCGGUCUUGAAGGAGGGGGUUCUGGGAGAAGACGCAGGCAGGUUGUGUCCAUGAUCCAGCUGGAAGGGGUUCCUCUGCCCUAUGAGUCCUGUCUGGAGGUUCCAGGUGUGGAGCUUAUCCCUGAGGAGGAUCCCGAGAUGUGUGACAGCAGAGAGGACGAUGAGGAGGACUCAGACCUGCCUGAGGAUCCCAAGUCUCCUGAUAGUGUAAAUGAAAUCAGGGACCUGAUCAAUCCGGUGGUUGAGGUAGUGCUGCCAGUGUCAAAGGAGAACCAGAGCGACAUGACCAACGGGAUGGAGAUGAGCACCGCCACCAUCACCCUGGACGAUGGGGUGCAGGAGGAUGUGACACAUGUCACCACACUGGUGGAGGACGUCCCCAGGAAGUCUCCACAAAACAAGACGUCCCCGCAGACAAUCCUCCAGCAGCUGGUAGGAAGCAAGAAGCAGGAAGCUGAUAAGGAGCAUCAGGAGGAAGAAGCAAUUAAGAAUGCCAUCCAGGAAAUGGAGAUACAAGAACGUGACAGUGAACGGAUUGCUGAGGUUUGUGCUGCAGAGUCAGAUUCUGAGUCAUCACCAAAGCCACCAUUGGCUACAGACUCUCGCCUGCAUGAUGACAGCGGCUUCCAGUCACCGUCCAAUGAGGGACUGGAAGAAGGUAAGCCUCAGCCUGUCACAAAUGGUCUGAAUGGAGAGGACAAAAUCGUUGACCCUGUAGAGGUGGAGGUGGUUUUAGCGUAAGAAGACAAUUAUCUGCUCAUGCACUUGGAGAGAAAACAGCAGUGUGCAUCACAUGUGAUGGGAGAGAAGUAAGGAUUGUACAAUAAGGAUUGUAUUUAAGGGUUUCAUUUGAAGCGUUGCCUUUUCUUUAUUGUUGUUGAUAUCGAGCACUAUAAAACCAAUUCUUCCAUCCUCUCCUAGACUAGAGACAUUUCUUUGGUGAUUGGUUCUUCUUUAUGCAGCUUAAUGUAACUCAAUGCAAGUUUUCUUCAUAUUUUGUGUAUGACACUGAAUUCAAUAUACAGUACAACUUUUGACUGGUACUGUAUCUCAUUUAUAUGAAUCAGAAGGGAUCUUAAACGAUAAUCCACACACAAUAAGAGAGGAACUAAAUUUAAGUUAUUUGUUAAUUUAAUGUUGUGAACACAACAGGAAAUCAGGCCAAUGUUUUUUCUCAAUAUCUCUCACAUUUAUAUAGUCAAAUAUACUAUAGAUGCAGCCUUUAACUCUACUGCUGGUGAAUGGAUCCUCUAAAAGUCACAGCCUCUACUUGACAGCAGGGGGUGCUAUAUCAGCCUCCAGUUGUUGUGUCUGGAUUUAUGUGUAUUUUAACUACAAAUUUUUCAAAUACUGGUAUCUAUUUUUGUAAAAUGUAAGUUUUUAAAUAUGUAAUUUGUUUACUUUGUGAGCAUUUCUUAUAGUAGCAAAUGGCCUUAAUGUUUCAAUGUGUUUCAGUUCAAACUGCGAAAAAACAAAAAAGUAAGAUGUUAUUGUUAGUUUUACAUCUGUGGAGGAAAACAAACUAAAUUUCUUGUCUUCGCCUGUGGGUGUAGAAGGCCAAGAUACAGUAAAUAAUGGUUCUCUAAUUUGUAGGAUUUUGAUGAACCUUUUAAUCAGAGGAAGCCCUCUACGUAGUUAUUUGGGGGAAUCUUAAUAGUGGCUUCUGGUGAUGAUGUUCAAAUAUCACUGAUAUUUUUUCUUCAACUUCAUUGUAAAUACAUUAAACAGAUAUGACAAUGUCUAUUUAACAUUUUAUUUUAUUUAAAUGUUCUAAUCUGGGUUAAAGGGUCAAUUCACCUAAAUCACAAGGAAGUCUAAACAUAUUUUCUGAUACUUAUCCUUGUGAAGACAUUUGUUCAUAUUCAUCUUACUAAUUAAGGGGACACAAAUGUUUGAUACAUCUAGGAAAUGUUACUUUAUUCCUGAAAUACAUCAGUAUAUAACAAACUGCUUGUCAAGCCUACAAUUAACAUGGGCAUUUUUUGGUAAUGCUUUAUUCUACAUGUCUGUAUAGUUUCCUAGGAAGUUUCCAGGAGAGAACUACAUGUAUGUAAGUUGGUACUAAAUAUAGGGAAAAUGAAACAAAAAAAAAAAAGAAAAAAAAUAGAAAGAAAAGAGGAAAGAUCUGACACAGUUAUUUGACUUUCAGUAGUUGUGUUGCGUUUAUCAGCAGUUGUUUCCUUGAAAGAGAUGCUCCACAUUGUAUGCUUGGCUGUUCACAAAUCUUGCAUUUUUGCAUGUUCAGCAAACUAACUAAAAACUCUCUACUGUAAGUUACACUAACAAUUAAUUGGAAUUAUUUAUAAGUUUACCAGUUGAACACUGUUUCGUCAAGUCAGUUUUAUUUAGAUAUCCCCAAAUCAUAAAUCACAAAUUUGCCUAAAAGCUUUACAGUCUGCACAACAGAUAGCAACCUAUAUCCUAUAUCAAUUCAGAUAAGGCAAGACUUCACCAAAUGAAGUUAGCAUGCAAACAUGCUCACUAUGACAAUGCUAACAUGCUGAUGCUAAGCAGGUAUAAUAAUUACCUUGUUCACCAUCUAACUUUAGCGUGUUAGCAUGCUAACAUAUACUUAUUAGUGUUAAACACAAAGAUUUUGAAAGUCCGUUUCCAUUCCGUUCUAAAUCAAAGUAUUUAACAAGCUAAAAUGUAAAUGAAAAGUUAAGGGAUCACUGAAGUGAUUACAAUUCAUCCUGAGGGGAACAUGAAUGUGUUGUUGCUGAGAUAUGUCACAAAAAGUACAAAAAACUGUGAACCUCUUGAUGGAGCUAGAGAAAAGGUCAGUAGAUCACCAAAGCCAGUAGGAUUUAUCAUCUGGAAACUGUAAAUUUUGUGCUAAUUCAUUAAGAUGUUGAGAUAUUUCAGAGAACAAGUGAAAACUUUGACCUGCAGGUGGCACUAAAAAGGUCACAGGGUAAACAAAGUCACUAGGACUCAUCCUUAAGGAACCAUGAAUAUCUGUACAAAUUUCACAGCAAUCCAUCAAAACUGUUGACAUAUUUCAGUCUGGACCAAACUGACUGAUGGACAUAUUGACUGGCAUUGCUGUCCCUAGAGCCACUCUGCUAGCAUGGCUGAGAAGGAUCUCUCCUCCAGGACAGACAGACAUGAAUUAUAAUAGGUGUUGUACAGAGGUAACUGUAGCACAAUUACAACAUGGGGAGACAGAAUGACAAUUUUAGGUACACGCAUAUCAUUUUAUGUCUCCCAAUUAUAAUUUGUAUCAAACAUCCUUUCCAGGAACCUUCCUGUGUAUUUGCAGUUACGAAUCAGUUUCUUUCUAAGAAAUUCUAUGAAACUUAACUUGUAAAAUAAAGUAUUACUAUAUUUUUGUUGUCAGCAUCACAUACUCUAAAAGGGUGAAUUAUUUUCACUUCUGUAUCAUCUGUAGUCGACAGGACAAGUUAGAAUUUUAUCUUAAAUGCUGAGAAUCCCCUUGCAUUUUCCCCUGUUGUGAAAUCACCUACUGCCACUGUAUGCAAGGCACAUUUGUCUCAACUGUUAAGUUUGCUGCCUUUAGACCUAUACAUCCAUAACUUCCAAUGGAGGACCACUGUCACCUUCUCCUGUUUAUUUAUUAUAAAAACCUCUGUGUGGUUGUUGUCAACAGCUCUCUUUGAUUUGUAUGUUUAGUCUUUUGUCGUCCUGAAAUAUAUUUCAAAAAUAUAUGGAUGAAUAAAAUUGUUUCAUCGACUAUU